CUACGUGGAAAGAGGAAAAUUCAAGUAAUUAACGGAUCAAAUGAAGUGUAUUUCUGGUUUAAAGGACAGUGUACUUUUCUGGAGUCGUGUUCUUAAUUCAUUGAGCCUCUCAGCAAGGACGCAGCGUGGAGGGAGGGGCUGGGCGAGCUGGAGAAGGAUCAAAAGAAAGAGCAGUCUGAACCUGGGACCCAAGGCAGACCUAGAAAGGACGCAGAGGGAAAGGAAGGUGUGUGGCCACGGAAAGCAAGAGUGGGCGCAGAGGUCCUUCAGGGAGGAGGGAACUGCCAUGGGCCGAAAGGAAUGCAGUCACUCUGUAAAUUUGCUCUUAGCAGGACCAUAUACAAAGAGUCAACAAGCUCAACAUGCCGGAGGAUCAGAGCUGAGAGUCAUUCUGGUGGGCAAAACAGGAACCGGCAAAAGUGCUACGGGGAACAGCAUCCUCGGGAAGGAAGCAUUUGCGUCCAGGCUGAGUGCCGAGUCCUUGACGAAGACUUGCAGUAAAAGUCGGGGAAGCUGGGGAGACAGAGAGAUGGUUGUCAUUGACACACCAGACAUGUUUUCUGGGAAGGACCCCUCUGAUUCCCUGUACAAAGAGGUACAGAAGUGCUACUUACUCUCCGCACCAGGACCCCACGUGCUGCUCCUGGUGACACAGCUGGGCCGAUUCACCACGGAGGACCAGCAGGCUGUGCAGAAGGUGAAGGAGAUCUUUGGAGAGGAUGCCAUGAGACACACAAUUGUCCUCUUCACCCACAAGGAAGACCUCAAGGGAGGCUCUUUGAUGGAUUACAUCCAUGGCUCAGAUAACAAAGCCCUAAGCGAGCUGGUGGCUGCGUGUGGGGGGCGAGUGUGUGCCUUUAGUAACCGUGCUAAAGGGAGCAAUCGGGAUGACCAGGUGAAGGAGAUAAUGGACUUGACUGAGAGCCUAGUGAUGGCGAAGAGGGGUGGCCACUACAGCAAUGGGCUGUACAGCCUAGUAACAGGGUCAGAAUGUGCAACUGUGCAGUCAGAGGAAAGAUUACAGGACUUCAAAGAGAGCUUUGUAAAGUACAUGGAAAUUCAGAGACGUUCAGCCAUGGCCAAAGCCCUAAUCCUAAUAGUGAUGUGUAUUCAGGUGUUUGUCAGAUCGCAAACUCUGUUAUUUCGUGUCUUGCACGGAAUGUGCAAUUUCUUUUACCGCUUACUGUUUACCAUGUGCCAUUUAUUCUGUAGCUUACUGUUAAUUAUACCCCAAAAAUUAAUGGUAAUUUUUAGAAAGACCAUUAGACGGGAAUGCAAGACUCCUAUAUUAUAGUUACAAUCAGUGGUUCUCUAUCCACUGUCAUUUAGUGGGUGAAUCACACACUGUGCCUCCCCUGUAAAUACAGUGCCUGACAGCACCAAACGUUUGAGAUUCCGUGAAGUGCUUAAAUCUUAACAGCAUUCUAUUUGUCA